GUUCCACUAUCUCAUUUAAACGAAGUGAUGUGUGAAAGUGGAGACGUGCAAGUGACUUUUAAUUAAAAUUAAAAAUGAGUACAAAAGUUAAAACUGUUGAAAGAAAUGGGACUUCGAAGAGUGAACUUAGAUCGGUGUUUACUCGGGCAAUAACAGCGAAUUCGGAAUGGCCAGACAAGGAUGAGUUUCUGGAUGUGAUUUACUGGGCGAGACAAGCAAUAGGUCUAAUCCUUGGAGUGGUUUGGGGCUUAAUUCCUUUGAAGGGAUUUCUAGGUUUAUUAUUAUUUGUAAUAGUUAAUGCUGCCGUUAUAUACUUCUACUUUAGCAGUUUUCAAUGUGUGGAUGAGGAGGAGUACGGGGGUGCAUGGGAGCUGACUAAGGAGGGUUUUAUGACUUCGUUUGCAGGAUUUCUGGUCACUUGGAUCAUAAUCUACUCAGGCUUAUACCACGAUAGUGAACACUUAUGAGGCGCGUGAUGCCAAACACAUUUGUAUCAUUUUAAGCAGAAACAUCGCCGUUUGUUUUGUUACACCUUCAUCCUUAUUGUUUUAAGGUAAAAUAAAACGCUGUUUUCAAUAAUAAA